AUGGUGAGUCAGUAUUGGGCUUAUCGUAGAGAAAUUGCUCAAAACAAUGGACGUACCCGUCCUAGUGAUGAGCGUGACAUUCAAAGUGAGCGCGUCAGUCAAAUCCCAAUUUUGCAUCAAUCACAAAAUAACCGCUCUACCACACCCCAUAUCAAUCAAAGUGAGCAUGAAAACCAAAUCCCCACUAUCCAUCAAUCACAUACUAAUUGCUUUACCACACCCCGUAACAAUCAAAAUGAGCGUCACAAUCAAAUAUCCAUUACCCAUCAAUCACAAAAUAGCCACUUUACCACUCCCAGUAACACCCAAAGUGAGUAUGGCAAUCAAAUCCCCAUUAUCCAUCAAUCACAAAAUAGCCGCUUUAUCACACUUCAAAACAACCAAAAUGAGCGUGACAAUCAAAUCCCCAUCACCCAUCAUCCACAAAAUAGCCUCUUUACCACACUCCGUAGCAAUCAAAAUGAGCGAGAAAAUCAAAUUCCCAUUAUCCAUCAAUCACAAAACAGUUUCUUUACCACACCUCAAAGCAUACUGCAAAGAUCCCAACAUCGUCCUGCAAGCCUUAACAAUUUUCCAUAUGUGACUGUUGUUAAUCAGCAACCACAUAUGACUGCUAAUAAUAAACAACCACAUAUGGGUCCAUACAAAAUAACUCCUUAUCAUGCAAGUUCAAUUCAACAACAACCAUAUGCAGGUCCACGCAAAAUAACUCCUUAUCAUGCAAACUCCAUUCAAAAUUCAUCCCCCAAUAGUGUUGGUAUCCAGGGUUUUACAAACAAUUUUUCAAAUCCUACAAGACCAACUUUUCAUAAUCCAAAGAAAUUUCGAUUUGAUCCUUAUGGCGAGGGUUCUAGUCGUAUGAAUAACUCUUCUACGUUUAAUGAUUUCAAUCCCCGAAUAUCUAUCAACUUGAAUAGCUUGAAUGUUACGAAGGAUGAUGUUAUACCGAUCACAACUCCACCUUCACGUCAUAUAAUAAAAACUCCUCCUAUAUUUCAUCCUUUCACCACUCGUCCACACCUUUCUAUCACAAGUCCUAUUUCGUGUAAUCUUUUUCAUGAUAAAGAGCCUAAAAGUUAUGAGUCUGACAUUAGAGACAUCGAGGCUUGGAAAAGGAAAGGUAAGAGUUUUGUUUCCUUUGAUGAUUGUUAUGAACAAGUGUCAAAUCAAGAGAAAAUGUCACUUAUUUUCAAGGAUGAAAAGAAUGUGAUUCCUAACCGUUCAAUAAUUGAAACUAAUGAAGCCAAUAAAAAAGAUGACGAGAGUUUGGAUUUGUCGCUUCACCUUUAA